UAUCCGGCGCUAGUGCUGAACUUCCUGUUUUCUUCCGCAUCAAUACCACAAUAAUGGCGUCUUGUAGCGAGGGGUCUGCUGCAACUGCCGAAGAGGAGCCGACUGAAACCGUCGCGUCCCAGAAGAGAGAAGCGAGACUGCGAAAAUUUCGAGAGCUGCAUUUCAAACGGAAUGAAGCACGUAAGCUCAAUCACCAGGAGGUCGUGGAGGAAGACAAGAGGUUAAAGCUGCCCUCAAACUGGGAGGCUAAGAAAGCCCGACUGGAGUGGGAGCUCGCUGAAGAUGACAAGAAAAAGGAGUGUGCUGCUCGUGGGGAGGACUAUAACAGAGUGAAACUGCUGGACAUCACUGCUGACGAUGCAGAGAGGUGGGAGAGGAAAAAGAAGAAAAAGAAUCCUGACACAGGAUUUGCAGAUUCGCUCAUAUUCGCCUACACGAAAAGUGGAUUUAGGAAUGUUAAAGUGCCGAUUAUCUGUGGUUAUGCAUUUCUAAUUGUUUUGCUGGCGCUCCACAGCGGUGAGGACUUCCACCCCACGUCCAAUAGCCUGAUCUACGGCACCCAUGUUCCCACAAAGGAUGGCAUUGACCGCAUGGUGGAGGAUGUUGAGAAACAGAUUGAGAAGCGGUCCAAGUACAGCCGACGCAGGGCCUACAACGACGACGCCGACAUCGACUACAUCAACGAGAGGAACGCCAAGUUCAACAAGAAGGCGGAGCGUUUCUAUGGCAAAUACACAGCAGAGAUCAAGCAAAACCUGGAGAGGGGCACAGCGGUGUAGAACGUCAGGUCACUUUAGAGCUUCGCUUUUUAUUUUUUCCU